ACUGGUCCCUCUUAUUCGCCUCCUAUCGUAGACCCAUUUGAGAGUCCCCCAGUCCAACUUGGCUCUACUCUGCAGAAAAGGAUGUCACCUAUCAAGCGCCGAGAAAACCCCGAUCCCAGGGCAGAUGCGCCUGGUCCUAUUCAGGGCCCGGAUGAAGCGAACCACGUCCCAUUUUCCAGUCUGAAAGACCGAAUUUCCUAUGAUACCUUCAAAGCUAUCACCAUCAAACCAUUCUAUCAUACACAUAUGACACCUGUCCAGCACGCAGUCCUAUCGUUGCUUCCUGAAUUGGCACGUCCAUACAUUCUAAGCGACCCUGAUGCUGAUGACGAGAACAAAUUACGGCUGGACGUGCUGUGCAAGUCUAAGACUGGGACAGGGAAAACACUGGCGUUCUUGGUACCUGCCAUUGAAGCUCGUAUUGCGUCAAUUGAUGCUUAUGCGAAGCAAGCCCUCGUUGACGCCGGAAAGGCUGGUGAUAAGCAUAUGGAAGGUCGUAUCAAAAGGGGUUUCGUCCACCAGAAUGUUGGGACAGUAAUUAUCAGUCCUACGCGAGAGUUGGCAACUCAGAUUGCUAACGAAGCUAUUCGCUUGUCCCAUCAUCAUGGUGGAUUUGAAGUCCGCCUCUUUGUUGGAGGUAUGGGCAGGAAGCAACAGAUGAGGGAUUGGAUGAAAGGACGAAGGGACAUCGUUGUUGCUACUCCUGGGAGGUUACGGGACCUUUUGGAGAAUGAACCCGAUGUUGCCAACGGCAUCAAGAAGUCUUCUCAGUUGAUCCUUGAUGAGGCAGACACUCUUCUUGACAUGGGAUUCCGAUCUGAUCUGGAUGCUAUCCUCGGAUUCUUCCCACCUCCUCCUGAGAGGCAGACUUUUAUGUUCAGUGCAACGAUAUCUACUGCUGUCCGUCAAGUCGCUCGCCAGUUUUUGAAAGAGGAUCAUACUUUCAUUGACACAGUGCCGAAGAAUGAAUCGCCGGUACACGCACAUAUCCCUCAGCACAACACCAUCCUUCCCGGCCCCGAGCACCAGAUUCCUCAUCUUCUCCGCCUUAUCGCUCACGAUCAGCUAACUAAUCCUGGCAAAUCCAAAGUUAUGGUAUUCCUGAAUACUACCAGGAUGGCCCAGCUUUUUGCUUCCUUGCUUCGCGAGGUUGGAAAAGGCUCAUUACCUGCCGCUAACACCAAAAUCUACGAGAUCCACUCGAGGAAGGACAUGAACUCACGAAUAUCAACUUCUAGUUAUUUCCGCAAAGAUAUGUCUGGCGCCACAGUAUUGGUAACUUCCGAUGUCUCGGCGCGCGGUAUUGACUAUCCUGGUGUCACUCGAGUCAUUCAAAUGGGAACACCUGGGUCCACUGAACAAUAUAUUCAUCGCGUGGGACGGACAGGUCGUGGGGGGUCUGUUGGCGGACGUGCAGAUAUUGUUGCCCUCCCUUGGGAAGCUGGCUUUCUUACGUGGCAACUCCAGGACAUCCCUUUGAAGAAUGUCACUAUUAAGGAGCUUGAAGGAGAGCUCCUUCAACUGGCCCAAGCGCAUGAUGCCAAUCCUGUUCAACCUGAACGCAAACUUGAUGAGAAAUUUAAAUUAAUUCGUGGUGGUACCAAUUUCAGGUCGGCGUAUUCCUCUGUUGUAUUUCCCCCGAAUGUAGCAGAGCGAAUUACCGCAGGAAUGAAGCAGACGGUUGACGAGGCUCUAUCGCGGGUAGAUGUAGAAAUGGUACGGGAGACAUUCGCUUCUAUGUUGGGGUAUUACAUCCCCAAAAAUCACGAACUACGGAUCAACAAAAAUGCCGUCGUCGAAGGUGUCAAGCUUUGGGCCACUGGGGCUAUGCGCCUCCUAAAGCCACCCUUCGUUUCUACUGCUUUUCUCAACCGGCUCGGUUUGUCGGAUGCGCGCACCAAUGCGUUCAAUAGGUCCUCCGAUUCCCGCGGUCUCCAAUCCCGCGGGAGCGGGAGCCCAGAUACUCCCAGAUGGAGCGGUCGUGGUCAGUUCAAGCUGAGGGCCAAAAAAGAGGACCCAACGUGGUCGCGGACUCGCAGGGAUGGGUUUGAUUCCCGGGAUCCUGGCCCGCCGGCGCGCAUUGGCACUAGGUUUGGGCAGAAGCACUUGACCGCAACUGCCGAACGAAAUGCAUUGUCAUUGCAGAAGAGUGUACCACCUCAUCUUGCUGGAAAAAUUAGGGACAUUUGAGAUCUCUGCCCGCGCCCUUGUGCCAUCGGCUUGCUCUCCAAUCACUGCCCAUUUCCCUAUUUCCACCUUCCACAUCCAUACUCUUUUUAAUGCACCCUCUCCUUAUUUGCAACUUCGUACAGUAUCCCUCUUCUAUCACAAGGAUGCCCUUAUCCUUUCCAGGGGGCCAUGGCAUCAAGGCCUCAUAGACAUAAUGCAAAUCAAUAUCAAUCCCAAUUCAUUAUUGAGCUACCAUACGCCUCAGAGUCUUGGACUUGGAUAGUUAUUGUACAGAUAGGAUCAAUGCAUGACUUAGUAGCUAGAGAUUAGGUCCCAUGGUCACCACCAUUCUUUCCCCAAAUGCGCUUUCAAAAUCUGGUUCAGUUCUUGCCGUUGGACACAGUUCUCAAUUUGAAUGAUGCGGCUAAGGCAAAUCCAACUCAUCCAUGGUCGGACCACGAAAGACUUGCGGUGAACAUGGUCAGGAAAGAUGCAGGGGUGUAGUGGGGGGAACUGU